GGGAACAGAACCGGGAUCCGUCCGAGGCGCGCGCGCAGGAGUUAGGAACUAGUCGGAUUUGAAGUUCGAAUCUUUCUGGACUCAUAGUCGUAUUUUCUGCCUACUCGGAUUUGGACUAUCUCCUACUCGGAUUAUUAGAGUUAGUUCAGCUGUCCUAUAAGUGCUGCCCUGCCAACUCGGUUGAAUCAAGUGUUGCUUGGUAGCGCCAGAAGCAACCAUAUCUAGACUUAGGGCAUCGAUUGUGCAAUUGCCCAAAUGGAGGCGUGUAGUGUCGCCAGGAUAAUGAGCUUAGGGCAUCUGGACUUGAGAAUUUUGCACAAGCUGCUGGCUCUUUCUCCCGGUUCACACAUGAAAUUCAGAAAUUCGCCGUUGAUGGAGACCGAUACCAUGGUGCAAAAUUCGCCGGAGCUGCCGCUGGAUGUAUUAAUAGAUAUCUUUGCCCUCCUAGAGAUCCCUGACUUCAUACGCGCUGGCUCUGUCUGCUCCGCCUGGCACUCCGCCUAUACCAUCAUACACAGCCAGCUUGAGCAGUACAGACGGCGCCAGACACCUUGCCUCCUCUACACCUCUGAGUCUGUUGGUGACAACGUAGCUUGUCUCUACAGCCUCGCCGAAAAGAGGGUCUACAAUAUUACCCUUCCGGAUCCACCAAUCCGUAGUAGGUAUCUGAUUGGGUCCUCCCAUGGCUGGUUAGUUACCGCAGAUGACAAGUCUGAGCUUCAUCUUCUUAAUCCGAUAACUGGCCAACAGAUAGCGCUCCCGCCCGUGAUCACCAUUGAGCACGUAAAGCCGAUCUUAGACGAUGCCGGUGCAAUUAGUAAAUAUGAGUUGUGGGAUGACUUGGAUGUGGAAAUCCAUGAUCUAGACAAGCUCCGUGACUGCCUCUACUUCCGGGCAUUUGUGUUUCCUGAUUCGUCCACCGGAAGCUACAUUGUGGUUGUCACCCUCUUUCCAUACAGCCGGCUUUUGUUUGCAAGGGUAGGUGAUUGUAAGUGGACCUUGCUGCCGCCGGGUGAGGACUAUCAACAAUGCAUCCACAUGGAUGGUCUAUUGUACGCGUUCACAAGAACCGGACAAAUCGAUGCUUUUGAUCUCACCGGUCCUACCUUCACGAGGAAUGUUAUUGCAGAUGAGAUGGAGAAUCACAUCAGGGGGAUGGAUGGGUGGAUGUAUGCUGUUCAGGCCCCAUGUGGUGAUCUAUUGCAAGUUUGCAGGGGUGCUGAAGUCACAGAAGAUAUCAUGCUAGAGACUGAUAAAAUAAUGGUAUAUAAAGCUGAUAUGUCAGCAAAAAAGCUUGUGAAAAUAAACGGCUUGCGUGAUCAUGUGUUGUUUCUUGGCCGUAGUCAGUCGCAGUGCCUUAGUGCUGAAGAGUAUCCGCAGCUGAAGACAAACUGUGUUUAUUUCACUGAUGACGAGGCAUUUGUUUCGAGGUAUAAGAAUAAUCGCCGGGAUAUUGGUAUUCUCAACUUGGAAAAUGGCAACAGGGAAGAAAUUGCAUCCAAGCUUUGGUGCAACUGGCCAAAUCCCAUAUGGAUAACACCCAAUAUCACAAGGAUGAACAUGGGGUUGUACAAUUAG